GAAGUAGAAGUUACGGAGAAAGAGACUGAAGAAGAAGCCAGUGAUCCGCACAAACGUGUUUACAAGUAUUUUAAAGGUCUGCUGCGGGAGUGGGAAGAUGAUUUGGAAAAGCGUACUGAUGAUUUGAAACGUACGGUUGGUGGUCGGAAUGAAACAAAAACGUUAAAGCAAUGCAAAGACUACAUUAAGCCUCUCUUCAAGCUUUGCAAAAAUCGGCGCUUGGAGGAGUCUUUGCUGAACAAUAUUCUGAAAAUCGUGGACGACUGUCAAGCUGGAGAAUUUGUACGAGCACAUGAUACUUACAUGGAUGUUGCAAUUGGGAGAGCACCUUGGCCGAUUGGCGUAACGCAGGUUGGCAUCCACUCGCGGACGGGGCGCGCCAAGAUUGAAUCCCAAAAUGUUGCUCACGUAAUGAAUUCCGAGCUCCAACGCAAGUACCUCACCAGUAUCAAGCGAUUGAUGACCUUCGCACAGACCAAACGAACGGACAUCCUACAUUCCAAGAAAGUUCUGAACUGA